AUGGUCAUACACACCCCCAACACAAUUUCAGACAGCGAUGGAGAACUAUGCAAGAUGAAUUUCAUAUACUUCAGCAAUGAGUUCCCGAAAGGCGAUCUUCAAGAUCUUCUACGUCUCCUGCAUAGCCACAGCAAGGACAAACAUCACCCAAUUCUAGCGCAAUUCAUAGAUGAAGCUACGCGGGCCGUCAAGGAAGAAGUUCGCGCUCUACCAAGCGAGCUGAAAGAUUUGAUUCCGUCAUUUACUACCAUUCUGAGCUGGGCUGAAGAUGGCGGCCUUCGCGAGGGUCUCAUCUGCGGCGCUGUGGAUGGAGUUCUCCUCGUCGUCGUUCAGUUAGCGGCGUAUAUUGGAUAUGUGGAAAGUCACCCUGAAGAGUCCGUCGACGUUUCAAAUUCCGGCCUCCUUGGCUUGGGCAUUGGGUUGCUAGCCUCGACGGCCAUCUCGUUGUCAUCGACCGUUUCGGAGUUGCCGCUUGCAGGCGCAGAUGCAGUUCGGUUGGCCUUCCGUUUGGGAAUUCACGUUCUGAGCGUCUCGGAGAACCUGGAGGCCAGAGACUUGUCGCAAAAGGAGGACUCGUGGGCGUACGUAGUUCAUAAUGUCGACCCAGUUGCAGCGCAGAACGAGCUCGACAUAUUUCAUUCUCGAUUGAACACACCGAGUACGGCGAAAAUCUUUGUGAGUGCUAUCAGCCAGAAUUCCGUCACAGUCAGCGGGCCACCGGGAAGAUUAAAAGGUCUGUUCAACAAGUCAGAGUUCUUCCGCGUGUCAAGAUGCAUUCCUUUACAAGUCUACGGAGGCCUCUGCCACGCACCACACAUCUACAACCAACAAGAUAUACACGCUGUAGUGUACGGUAGCUCCUUGAACACCAUUGUUACGAAAGCUCGGCCGGCUUUGUUGGUUUACUCAACCAGGACCGGACUACCCUACACGGCAAAUAAUGCGGCAGAACUGUUUGAGUGCGUCAUAUCAGAGCUGCUGACAAAAGCAAUCUGCUGGGAUGAAGUUAUUCGUGUCGUGGUGGACCAGGUUCAGUGUGCUGGACCUCGCGGAGUGGUGUUGAAUUGCUUUGGGAAUUCAAUUCCACUCAAUGACCUCAAUCUUGCCUUGAAAAGUACGUUGCCGGACUGCAAAGUUUUAAUAAAAGACUUCAUUCCAUGGCUCUCCCUUGCUGCGCCAAGAAGCAACACUCCCCGCGGUGCCGCGCAGUCCAAGCUCGCCAUCGUUGGCAUGUCUUGCAGACUCCCAGGGGGCGCAACAAGUACUGAAAAGUUUUGGGAUAUCCUGGAAAAGGGCAUGGAUGUUUCGCGGCAGAUACCUGCCGACCGCUUCGAUAUCAACACGCAUUACGACCCAACCGGCAAAGAGCUUAACAAGACUAUGACACAAUAUGGUUGUUUCAUAGAUGAGCCCGGCUUGUUCGACGCACCCUUCUUCAACAUGUCACCACGUGAGUCGCUGGUAGUUGAUCCACAGAUGCGAUUAUCUCUAGUCACAGCUUAUGAGGCACUGGAACAAGCCGGAUUUGUUGCAAACCGCACCGCCUCGACAGCAUUGCCACGAAUUGGGACGUACUAUGGCCAAGCUGCCGACGACUAUCGUGAGGUGAAUCAGGGUCAGGAGGUUGGAACUUACUAUAUCCCCGGAGGUUGCCGUGCGUUUGGCCCGGGCCGUAUCAAUUACUUUUUCAAAUUCGCUGGCCCCAGUUACAGUAUUGAUACCGCCUGCUCCUCCGGCCUGGCAGCGAUUGAAGUAGCUUGUCAGGCUCUGUGGGCUGGCGACGUGGACAUGGCUGUCGCUGGCGGCGUGAACGUGCUCACCAAUCCCGAUGGUUUCGCUGGAUUAUGCAAUGGUCACUUCCUUACCAAAGGCCACAACGCAUGCAAGACCUGGGACGCCACUGCAGAUGGUUACUGCCGAGCAGAUGGCGUUGGAUCUCUUGUCAUUAAGAGGCUUGAAGAUGCCGAGCUGGACAACGACAACAUUCUCGGCGUCAUUCUCGGCGCCGGGACCAACCAUUCCGCGGAAGCAGUAUCUAUUACACACCCUCAUGCCGGUCACCAAGCUUAUCUUUCUCGUCAAGUGCUUCGCCAGGCUUGUGUUAAUCCUUUAGACGUGUCCUAUGUCGAACUACAUGGCACCGGCACUCAAGCCGGCGAUUACGAAGAGAUGCAGGGGAUCAUGGACGUUUAUGCUCCUCUAGCCAAGCGCCGUAGCAAAGAUAAACCUCUACAUAUAGGCGCUGUCAAGGCAAAUUUGGGUCACGGAGAAUCCGUUGCUGGUACGACAGCAUUGAUCAAGGUGCUUCUCAUGCUCCAGAAGAAUGCCAUUCCACCGCAUAUUGGUAUUAAGACGGAGAUCAACCCAAAGUUUGGCCGCGACAUUGACAAACGUAAUCUCAAAAUUCCAUUUGAGAUGACUCCCUGGCCACAUGUUCCCGGAAAGAAGCGAAUUGCUGCAGUGAACAACUUUGGAGCCGCUGGUGGCAACACGACCAUGGUCCUCGAAGAGGCACCAGUCCGCCCAGCGGAUGAGACGGACCCGCGGCAGACUCAUGUUAUUUCUGUAUCGGCCAAGACUAGAUCGUCACUGGCUGGAAAUAUCGAGUCCUUACUUGGAUUCCUGGAUAAAUAUCCAAACACUAACUUGGGCAAUCUUGCGUACACGACGACAGCGCGACGCUACCAGCACACCCACCGCGUCGCCAUCGCCGCAUCCAACAUUGCACAGCUGAGGAAACAGUUGACUUCACGACUGGAUCAGAUCGACUCUAUCAAGCCCGUCGCAAAAUCUGGCCCGCCGCCAAUUGCCUUUACCUUCACUGGUCAAGGAGCGUCUUACAAGUCGAUGAGUCUAGAGCUGUAUCGAGAUGUUCCUACGUUCCAACAUCACAUUCGGCAUCUUGACUCUCUCUCUCAGGCCCAGGGUUUCCCCUCUUUUAUCCCUGCUCUUGACGGAUCACAUCCAAAGGAACACGAACAUUCCCCAGUUGUUACGCAGCUUGCGUUGGUUAGUACCGAGAUAGCCUUGGCUAAAUACUGGUCGUCUCUCGGAGUGAAACCCGACGUCGUCAUGGGCCAUAGCCUUGGCGAGUAUGCGGCGAUGCACAUAGCCGGGGUGGUUACUGCCAGCGACACCUUAUACAUGGUCGGAAAACGGGCGCAAAUGCUGCAGGAGAAAUGUGAGAGCGGCAGUCACUGUAUGAUGGCCGUCCGGGCUUCUCUAGAAGAGAUAAAGGCGAGGUCAGAAGGCAAGCCGUACACAAUUGCGUGUAUCAACGGGCCCUCGGAUACGGUGCUCAGUGGUACCAAGCAACAAAUAGAUGAGGUUGCUAUUCUCCUCGAGCAAGCCGGUUUCCGGUGUAUCAAGCUAGAUGUCGCCUUUGCUUUUCACUCGGAGCAGACGGAUCCUAUUUUGGAUGACUUUGAGGCCCUGUGUAAGUCUGGAGUUACUUUUCAGGAACCCAAGUUGCCUGUCAUCUCCCCGUUGCUUGGCAAGGUUAUAUUCGAUGGCAAGACACUCGGCGCCAACUAUGUCCGCCGCGCUACUAGGGAACCAGUUGACUUUCUGUCUGCUUUGCAGAACGCCCAGAGGGUUUCCACCAUCAGCGAUGAGACGGUUUGGGUCGAGGCCGGUCCGCAUCCUGUAUGCACUGGCUUUGUGAAGUCUAUAAUUCCCGCCACACAGCUUGCCGUUCCGUCCAUCCGGCGUGGUGAAGACAACUGGAAGACCAUGGCCGAGAGCAUGGCGGCUCUGCAUCUCGCGGGCAUCCCCGUUAGGUGGAAUGAGUUUCACCGUCCCUUUGAGGCCAGACUUCGUCUACUCCAUCUUCCGGCUUACUCCUGGAAUAACAAGAACUAUUGGAUGCAGUACAAUGGCGACUGGUGUUUGACAAAAGGCAACAACUUCUAUGAGACUGGGAAUGACGCAACCAAGGCCAAGGCAGCACUGAAGUCGCCCCCGCUAAGCGAGCUUCAGACAUCAACAGUGCAGCAGAUUAUCGAAGAGAGCUUUAAUGGCUCAGCUGGUUCAGUGGCCAUGCAGUCUGAUCUCAUGCAACCCGAUUUUCUUGCUGCUGCCCAUGGACACCGUAUGAAUGAUUGCGGCGUUGUCACUUCUUCUAUCCACGCCGACAUUGCCUACACCCUCGGUAGCUAUCUGCACCGCAAGUUGCUUCCCAAAGCCAAACAAGCAAACAUGAAUAUUAGCAACCUGGUCGUCACAAAAGGGCUCGUGGCUAAUAGCGACACAAAGUCUCCUCAGUUGAUCCGUGUGACAGCCUCGACUGUUGAUGCCCACUCAGGUGUUGUUGACUUGACGUGGCAGAAUGUGGACAACAACGGCUACGUCCAUGAGCCGUUCGCUACUGCCAACAUCAUUUAUGGUGAUGCAAAUGAAUGGAUCUCCAGUUGGAAUCCCAUUGCUCAUCUCAUCCACAGCCGGAUUGAAACUCUUGAGCGCCUUGCCGUAGAGGGCAGGGCUAGCAGAUUCUCCGGCAACAUGGCGUAUACCCUGUUUGCAAGCAACUUGGUUGACUACGCAGAAAAGUACCGGGGCAUGCAGUCCGUGGUGAUGCAUCAACUAGAAGGCUUCGCCAACAUAGAGCUCACCACCAAAGAGGGCGGAGUCUGGACAGUCCCGCCAUAUUUCAUCGACAGCGUGGCACACCUGGCUGGCUUCAUUAUGAACUGUUCUGACGCCAUCGAUACGAAGAACAACUACUGUGUCACCCCUGGCUGGAAUUCCAUGAGGUUUGCGAAGCCACUGGUUCCAGGGGCGCAGUAUCGCUCCUAUGUCAAAAUGAUACCAACAGUCGAGGACCCAACGAUAUAUUUUGGUGAUGUCUACAUCAUGCAAGACGACAUGAUUGUAGGCAUGGUUGGCGGAAUUCAGUUCCGUCGCUAUCCACGCAUUCUCUUGGGCCGAUUCUUCUCGCCCCCAGACAAGGCGGCAGCUAUGGAAGGCAAGCAAGGUAUUGUUGCGCCGCAGCCAAAGACGACACGGCCAGCCCUCAAGCCUGCCGCCCCUGAAAGGGAUCACGGCAAAACUAAUCUGCCACCAGUCAAGCCUGCUGCUGAAGUUGCUGAUGGACCGAGCAAAGACAAGCUUCUGCCUACCAGUGCUGGGGUACCAGCCGUGGAGUCCGCCACGGGGUCUAACAGCGUCGCAUCGAAGGCACUGCAAGUCAUUGCCAGAGAAGCCGCCUUGGAAGUUUCCGACCUGGAGGAUGAUGCUAGUUUUGACAAUCUCGGAAUAGAUAGCCUGAUGUCGCUUGUGAUUGUGGAGAAGUUCAGGAUUGAGCUGGACAUCAAGGUUGGCGGGAGUCUUUUCUUGGACUACCCGACGAUUGGUGAUUUCCGGAAGUGGCUUGAGGAAUAUUACGGUUAA